AUGUUUAAAUUAAAUAAUUGUUUUAAUAUAUUAGGAAGAUAUAAAGCGAAUAUACCACUUGGUCCAUCAUCGUUAUCAUUAACAAUUUUAAAACAAAAUGUUCAAUCAUUUUCAUCUUUAUUUAUAAAUCAAACAACACCAUCAUCAUUAAUACAAUCAUCAUUAUUAAAUUAUUCAACAUCAAAAAAGAUACCAAGAUUAGAUAAAAUUGGGUCAUAUUUAAAGAAACUUAGACGUGACAAAUUUAGAGAACAAAAAUUAGCAAAAAAACAAGGUGAAUUAAAUGAAAAAGAUAUGAAAAAAGAUGGUUAUCCAGAAAUAAGUUUUUGGAGUAAAGAUGCAGAAAAAAUUAAAGAAAAUGAUUUUAUUAAAAAAGGUGAAGGUUUUGUAGAAGAUGGUAAAAUCGGUACUGAAAGAAUUCAAAAGAUUUUAGCAAGAGCAGGUAUUGCUUCAAGAAGAAAAGCUGAAGAAUUAAUUAUAGAUGGUAGAGUUAAAGUUAAUGGUAAAAUAAUUAAAAUGGAAGAAAUAUUAGUUAAACCACAUGAUAUAAUUACAGUUGAUGAUAAACCAAUUAAAGUAGAUAAACCAAAAAUUUGGAUGCAUUUUAAGAAUCCACAAGUUUUGACAUCAGAAUAUGAUCCAGAUGGUAGAGAUUGUUUAUUACCAAUUAUUAGAAAAGUUAUAGGAAUUGAUCAUUUGAUAUCAGUUGGUAGAUUAGAUUAUUAUACAGAGGGAUUGAUUUUAUUUACAAAUGAUGGUGAAUUGGCAAGAUAUUUAACAUUACCACAGAAUUUAUUUUUCCGUGUUUACAAGGUAAGAAUAUUUGGUAAAUUUACAGAUGAAAUGAAAUUUAGUCUUGCAAAAGGUAUGGUUAUAAAUGAAGUUUUCUAUAGACCAGUGAGUGUUCAAGUCGAGAGUGAAACCGAUUCAAACACAUGGUUACGUAUAACAUUGCAAGAAGGUAAGAAAAGAGAGAUUAGAACAUUAUUAGAAUAUUUCAAUGUUAAAGUUUUACGUUUAAUUCGUGUUGCUUAUGGUCCAUAUGUUUUACCAAAUUCUUUAAAACAUGGUGAAACUAUUGAAGUACCAAUCAAAGAUGAAUUAAAACCAUUCAUUAAUAAAUAUAAUAGUACAGAAAGAUUAAAGAAAACUUUACAAGAACAAAAGAAAAUUGAAAAUUUUAAUAAAAAUAAUGUAAAUAAAUAA